GACAGCAGCGUCAGGAGCUGCUGCUGCAGCGGCGGCGGCUGCUUCUGGACGCCUUGGGGUCGCGCAGCCGCAGCCCCAGUCCAGAGGCUCGUGGCGGUGCUCUGGGCGCUGCCGCCGCUGCUGCUGCUGCGGGCCCCUUGGCGUUACCCGGGCCCCCUCUGCCACCCGGGCCCCGGAUGCCGUCUGUACUCCGGUCGAGCCUGCCGGAGAGUGCUCCCCAGCCUGGACGCCGCCCCCGGCCUGGUCUCCACUCCUCCGCCGCACCUCCCAUGACAGCUCCCGCUCGAAGAUGGCUGCGAAGGGCGCGCACGGCACCCACCUGAAGGUGGAGAGCGAGAUGGAGCGCUGCCGCGCCGAGGGCCAGUGGGACCGCGUGUUCGAGUUGGUCCGGCAUCUGCAGAUGCUGGGCAUUUCCGGCGGCGGCAGUAGCAACCGGCGAAACAGCCCGAGCGGCAGGUUCACCUCUCUGGACACCGAUGACUUUGGGAAAUUGGUGCUAGCGGAGGCCCUUCUGGAGCAGUGUUUGAAGGAUAACCACGACAAAAUAAAAAACUCCAUCCCUUUGCUGGAGAAGACCGAUCGCAGGCUGAAUGAAGCCAGGGACCACCUGAGCAGCCUCCUCAACAAUGGGAAACUGCCGCCACAGUACAUGUGUGAAGCCAUGCUGAUCCUGGGCAAGCUGCAUUACGUGGAGGGCUCAUACCGGGACGCCGUCAGCAUGUAUGCACGGGCUGGGAUCGAUGACAUAUCCAUGGAGAACAAGCCCCUGUAUCAGAUGCGGUUGCUGUCGGAGGCCUUUGUCAUCAAAGACCUUUCUCCUACCAGCCUUGCUCAGUACGUGUGCUCUCUGUGUCCUGCUCUCUACGCUCUCCAGCAUGCCUCCAGCUUCUUGGGGGAACCCAGUCCUGGUGGUCAGAGGCCCUGCCAGGGAGGCCUCUCCCUGGAACGCCUGCCCAGCUCCGUCGCCUCCCACAUCCGCCUGACUGAGCGGGAGGAGGAAGUGGUCGCCUGUUUUGAGAGGGCCUCUUGGGUGGCCCAGGUGUUCCUGCAGGAGCUGGAGAAGACUUCAAACAACAGCACAUCAAGACACCUGAAAGGCGGCCUCUCUGCUGACUAUGAGCUGUCCUACUUCUUGGAGGCUGCCCUCCAGAGCGCAUAUGUGAAGAACCUGAAAAAGGGGAAUAUUGUGAAAGGCAUGAGGGAGCUCCGGGAGAUUCUGAGGACUGUGGAGACCAAAGCAACGCAGAACUUCAAAGUGGUGGCCGCCAAGCACCUGGCAGGGGUCCUGCUGCACUCCCUGAGCGAGGACUGUUACUGGAGCCCCCUGUCCCACCCUUUGCCUGAGUUCAUGAGCAAGGAGGAGAACUCUUUCGUCACUCAGACCCUUCGGAAACCUCACCUCUACGAAGGGGACAACCUCUACUGCCCCAAAGACAACAUAGAGGAAGCCCUCUUGCUGCUGCUCAUCAGUGAGUCCAUGGCAACUCGGGACGUGGUACUGAGUCGGGCACCAGAGCAGGCAGAGGACCGGAAAGUGAGCCUGCAGAAUGCUUCAGCCAUUUACGACCUCCUGAGCAUCACACUGGGCCGGCGGGGCCAGUAUGCCAUGCUGUCGGAGUGCCUAGAGCGAGCCAUGAAGUGUGCGUUUGGAGAAUUUCACCUUUGGUACCAAGUGGCCCUCUCCAUGGUGGCUUGUGGGAAGUCAGCCUACGCCGUGUCGCUGCUGCGUGAGUGCAUGAAGUUGCAGCCCUCGGACCCCACAGUGCCCCUGAUGGCUGCCAAGGUCUGCAUUGGGUCCCUGCAUUGGCUAGAAGAGGCAGAGCACUUCGCCACCGUGGUAAUUGGCCUUGGAGAGGAAGCAGGAGAGUUCCUGCCUAAAGGCUACCUGGCCCUGGGCCUCACCUACAGCCUGCAGGCCACUGAUGCCACCCUGAAGUCCAAGCAAGAUGAGCUUCACCGCAAGGCACUGCAGACACUGGAGAGAGCCCGGGAACUGGCACCCGAUGACCCCCAGAUUAUCUUCUAUGUCUCCCUGCAGCUGGCCCUCGUCCGACAGAUCUCCAGCGCCAUGGAGCGUCUUCAGGAGGCCCUGACGAUGUGCAGAGAUGAUGCCAACGCCCUCCACUUGCUAGCACUGCUCUUCUCUGCCCAGAAGCAUCACCAGCACGCUCUGGACGUCAUCAACAUGGCCAUCACCGAGCAUCCUGAAAAUUUCAACCUGAUGUUCACCAAGGUGAAGCUGGAGCAGGUGCUGAAAGGCCCGGAGGAAGCCCUCGUGACCUGCAGACAAAUGCUGCGGCUGUGGCAGACCCUCUACAACUUCUCUCAGCUGGGGGGCCUGGAAAGGGAUGGCAGCUUUGAAGGCCUCACGGUGAAGAAACAGAACGGUAUUCACCUGACUCUGCCAGAUGCCCACGAUGCAGACUCUGGCUCUAGGCGGGCAUCAUCUAUUGCAGCCUCAAGGCUGGAAGAGGCCAUGUCGGAGUUAACCAUAACAACCUCAGUCCUGAAGCAGGGCCCCAUGCAGCUGUGGACCACACUGGAGCAGAUCUGGCUCCAGGCCGCCGAACUGUUCAUGGAGCAGAGACAACUCAAGGAAGCGGGCUUCUGCAUCCAGGAGGCUGCCGGCCUCUUCCCCACCUCUCACUCGGUGCUCUACAUGCGAGGCCGACUAGCUGAGGUGAAGGGCAGCUUCGAAGAGGCCAAGCAGCUGUACAAGGAGGCUCUCACCGUGAACCCGGACGGCGUGCGCAUCAUGCACAGCCUGGGUCUGAUGCUGAGUCAGCUGGGCCACAAGAGCCUGGCCCAGAAGGUGCUGCGGGACGCAGUGGAGAGGCAGAGCACCUUCCACGAAGCGUGGCAGGGCCUGGGGGAGGUGCUGCAGGAGCAAGGCCAGAACGAAGCGGCCGUCGACUGCUUCCUCACGGCCCUGGAGCUGGAGGCUAGCAGCCCCGUGCUGCCUUUCUCCAGCAUCGCCAGAGAGCUGUGAACCUCUGCCGCGGCCGCCCGCAGGCUGCCUGCCGGGGGCGGAGACAGCAGACGCAGGCAGGGGACAGGGAAGGGCGCGCGUCCGUCCAGAUGUGGGGUCUCAGGGAAUAGAUGACGAGUGAGCACUUCCGCGGGCUUCCAGGCCACUUCUCCCCCACACUCCACACCCUGCGGGCCCAGCUGGGCCUGAGCUCCCAACUGAAGCUGGGUGGACGAGAUUUGCAUCCAAAGCAACCAAAGGCCUUGCUCCCCCGAGGCUGGGCACCUCUUAGAUAAAAGGUGUGUCUGGGAGCCACGCCCCUUCCUUGGCUUCCCCGACCACCCCGGAUUUCCUGGUUUGGGAUGAACCAAUCUUGAGUUUGUGUACCACAGAGAUGAAUGUGCUUGCCAGGCGUCCUCUGGCUGGCCAGACUUUUCCUGGAUACAUUUCUUGGUGCCUUGGGAGACAGACUGGCUUGAAUCUAAGCACCCUCACAGAGCUGGGAGCAGCCUUGCCGCAGAGCCCCGGAUACGUUUCCCCAUCCCAUAUCUCAGGGCAGUGCCCAGGACAGCCACAGCUUGAGGUCCCAGAUACAAAGAGGACAGUGGGCUCCUGGGCUCUCGUCAGCGUCAGCGCUGUUGAUGCCUGGUGUUUCCUUUAUGGGGAGGUUUCCUAGGGGCUACAUGUGAUUUCUCUGUACCACUAAGUGCCUUUGGGACUCUGGCGGCCAGGCCCGACUAAGGUCCCCCUGUCUUCCAUUUUCACUCACUGUCAUCUCCCUGGAGACACGCCCCAGUCAGUAGACUCCGUGGGCCCUGUGCCAGUGGCCUCUAGGAUACGCCUUGGAAUACAAAACAGGGUUCUGACAUAGCCAUUCCUGGUACCUCGGGUACACAGUCCCUCAAGUCUUUCCCUGCAGUGCAGGACCCGCCCACUUGACCAUCUAUAGGCCUCGGUCCAGUACAUCUCAUCAUCCACUGCCCAGUUUUCAUCUUAGGCUUUGCCGAGUGACCCCCGAGGCCCCAGCUUGGCCUUUUGUGCUCCCCUGCCUAGGUUCCCACAGAGGCCAUGCUUGGGUAGAGACGGAGGAGGAACCUGCCUGCCUGCCUCACCUUUCUGUGCCCGCGUGCUGUCAGGUCGCUGGGCAGCUAGCUGUCCCUCCCUGGCUCAUCAGCCAUGCACUCUGGUUUUGAAACUUUCCCUCAGGAAGCCAUCCCACAAGGCCUAGCAGAGAGUUCCUUCUGUCUUCCCUACUCUGGGUGGAGCUCCCUCGGGUUCACCUUUCGCUUGUGUUAGAAUGUGUCGGGUUACCGUGCUGAUCACAGCGGCCUUGCGGAGAAAGCCGUUGGAGUCUGACGGACUGACAUACUCUGCUUGUCCCCGCGUGUCUCCAGAGAGCUGGUGCCUCCUGGCCACAGCCACAGUCCAAAGGAAGGGUAUUCAGUCCUUGGUUGAAGGGUCUCUAUGUGUAUAUGUGUAUGUGUGUGCAUAUAUAUAAUAUAUGUGCUAGAGAUCUAUAUUUUUAUGGAAUUCUGUUAGAGUAAAAAAAAAAAAGAAAAGCAAAUACUAUUGGCAUACCUUGCUGGUCAAUCUUGGCAGUGGGAAAGACAGCAAAUGCAUUCUGAUUAAGCAUUCUCUCUUUGGAGGCCCUGGGAGACAGGCCCAGUGCCUGACAGUGACUUUGGAAAUUGAAUAAAAGACCCUUGAAGGGG